GUGUCGCUCUGAGUUUGCCUAAUGUCUUCUCUCAUAAACAAAGAAGCCCCCUCUGUAACGAUACCGGACGAGAAUGACAAACCGUACACAAUCGAGCCAGGCAAAUCUGGGAAGCCUUUGGUCCUAUUCUUCUAUCCCAAGUCUGGUUCCUACGGGUGUACGAAGGAGGCAUGCCAAUUUCGAGAUGCUAUUUCUGAGAAGGGCAGCUUCAAGUCAGACAAAGUGACUGUGAUCGGUAUCAGCGGUGAUCCAGUUGAGAAGCAAAAGCUCUUUGUGGAGAAACAAAAGUUGACGUUCCCUGUGUUGAGUGAUAAGGAAGGGAAAGCUCGCAAAGCAUAUAAUGUGGGACGAGGAAUGAUGGGUCUUACAGAUGCGAGGGUGACGUUCAUCAUUGAUGAGAAAGGAAUAGUUCGAGAUGCCCUAGACGCGACGAUGAACUAUGGUGCCCACUCAAAGUUUGUUGCACAAUGGUUGGAGAAACUUGAGAAAGAGAAACAAGAACCAUCGAAAGAUGUUGGAACACAAGCUAGCGCUGAAUCUGAGGCACCGAUGGUGACUGGGGCGGGAACGGAAGGGCCGUCCAAGUAAACCUGCAUUCAAGUUGUAACUAAGGACUCUUCAUUCUUGAAUUAAAUACUCGAAUGGCGGCAGCUGGAGAACGCCCCGCUGUAUGCGCACUCCUUCC